ACACCUUGCCAACGAACCCGUCAGUGUGUCUGCUUUGGCAAACGAACUAUUGGUACCAUACAACAGAGCUGCAUUGGAGCUACAAUAGAACGUAAAUCACAGCCGUGUUGUAACGCAGCCCAGCCGACAACCCCGACUCCAACUCCAGGAUGUUACUGGGGACAAUGGGGAGCCUGGGUCUAUGGACCGUGUGUGGCUGACGGAUCCUCUGCGACGGCAACCUGUCAGGUGCGUGGUGUUGCAGUUUGUUAUCAAACUCGGGAGUGCAUAUGUUCAAGAGGAAAACGUACUUUCAAUACCAUACCAUGUCGUGGGGAUCGACGAAGAUCUAAAUUACAGGACUGUUGUGUUAGCUCUACCACUGUGCCACCUACUACAACAAAAGCUGCGACCACCACCCCUCCUGUCCCAACAACUACAACUACCAAAGCGACAACCACUACCACAAAAGCUACUACAACAACAACAAAAGCUCCGGUGUGUCCACAAGCGGCCGGUUAUGGAGAUUGGGGACCAUGGGUCUGCAUAUCACCCGGAAAUGGAGUAGAUUGUAGACGUAUAAUCAACCUCCCUGGCUACCCCAAAGAUUUGAAAAAACGUGGAGAUCCACUCGUUUGUAAAAGUAUCGAGGAUGAGGUGUGCACGCGAUUUAAGACGUGCGUUCCAUGCGCGGAACCGGGGCCUCAGACAUGUUUGCAGCCUGUACCGAGGGAGACAAAGUUAUUUAAGUGCUGUGUUAUACAAGCAAAAAAGUGAACCAGAUGAAGAUAUGGCGAUUUAUAAUUAUCUGAAUACAAAACGUGUAAUUUACUUAAACAUAAUAUGUAAGAGAUGAAUAAAUAAAUUAUUGUCUGGUAUACUAAAGAAAU